UUUUAUAAUAAAAUAUUUUUCAUCCUUCAAAUGAUAUAAAAACAAAUAUUGUAACUCUCGUAAUUUUCUAACAAAAUAGCUGAUUACGUCAGCGUGAAGUGAGUGGCAUAAAUUGUGUGAAAAGUCCCUCUUCUCCGCGCAGCGCUUUCUGUGGCGGCUGACAAAUGGUGCGCACCCACUUGCGUACAUUUGUGUAACUUCAUUGCCAUUCGCAUUAUAUCAAUCCGUUCAGGUCGCCGCCAGAUAUAGGCUACAUUGCAUGUUAUAAGAAAAUAUGCCGCUAUAUAUCUCCAAAGAACAGCAAGUAACGUAUUGGGUUUGAUUAAAAAACAAAUAUUGUUCAACUCGGAACCUUUGUGAGGGAAGUUCUGGAGGUGGUACUGCAGUUACGGCACAUUUGAUCGACGGACUGUACACAAAGCAACUCUCUGGAUGCUGAUAGGAAGACUUGGUGCAGCGGGAAGCUCCUGUUCCGCCGCAGCAUCUCUGCGUCCGUUUUCCAGCUCCAGCGCAAUGGCAAAAAGCAAGUUUGAGUACGUCCGCAGUUUUGAAACGGACGACACCUGCCUCAGGAACUGCUACAUUGUCGUACGACUGGAUGGCCGCAACUUCCACAGGUUUGCAGAGCAGCACCAGUUCGCCAAGCCCAACGAUGACAGGGCUCUGGGGCUGAUGAGCAAGAGCGCCCGCUCCGUCAUGGAGGGGCUGGAGGAUAUUACCAUCGCCUAUGGUCAAAGUGAUGAGUUCAGCUUCGUUUUUAAAAGAACCACCACCUGGUUCAAAAGACGAGCCAGUAAACUCUUGACUCAUGUGGCCUCCCAGUUUUCCUCUUCGUAUGUGUUCUACUGGAAGGAGUUCUUCGGAGAACAGCCCCUCUUGUACCCACCUGGCUUUGACGGGCGGGUGGUUUUGUAUCCCACCGGCCGUAACCUCAGGGACUACCUCAGCUGGAGGCAAGCAGACUGUCAUAUAAAUAACUUGUAUAACACCGUAUUUUGGACAUUGAUUCAAAAAGGAGGACUCACUACAACACAGGCCGAAGAUCGACUAAAGGGAACAUUAGCUUCAGAUAAAAACGAGAUUUUGUUCUCAGAAUUCGACAUCAACUAUAACAACGAAUCGGCCCUCCACCGGAAAGGCACCACCCUCAUUUGGGAAAAGCGGGACGAGACAGUUAGCAAGCACAUAAAGCGACCAAAUGAGGAGGAGAAGCAGGUUCCUGUCACACGGAGCAGGAGGAAGGUGGAGGCCUACCACUGUGACAUUAUCGGGGACCAGUUCUGGGAGGAACACCCAGGCGUUCUCCAGGACGACACCUGACAACAGCAACUCUCCUUGGAAAAACGACUCUGAGCUGCAUAUUUAAAGCCGGCUCUCACAGACAGAGACUAAAGAAGCACAGUACAGUUAUUCUCCCAACAGCUGAUUUGUGUUUCUACUUUAAUCUAUUAAAUCACGUACAUAACGAUCUGUCAAAAAGUCCAAUCAUGCUCACAUUAAUUUCUUCCCAUCACCACCAGCUGGUACUGAGGACAUUCAGGGGCAUGCAUGUCUUGCCUUCCUUCCCCCCUAGAGUUACUUCUCUAAAAAUAUACCCUCAGGCGAUAUCAUGAAUGGCAUUCAAAAUACUACCAACGCCUGAUCGUUUUGCAUGUCUAACAUCACCAUGACGCUCUGACGGAACGGCUCUUUUGCAGUGCAAACUAUAAAUUGGAGUUAAUCUCGCAGAAAGUGACGAGUUUUGUAAAAAAAAAAACCCAAAAAAACAAUCUUAGUAAAAGUCCUAGAGGGGGAAAAAAGGGAGGGGGGAGUAGAAAUGAAAAAAUAGCCGUUUAUUGGAGCCAAGGCACCCAUGAGUGGAUUCAGUGGUGUGCGCUGUCAUCAGGGCUAAGAAUACCUCCCACACCCUGCAUUCACCCUAUCCCUCUGACAUGCGCUGCGUGGCAUAUCACACUUCCAGCGGCCGACCCAGCAUGACCGGCUGCUGGAAGCCUGGGGAGCUUGAAGCCUACUGUAUUCUGUUACUGUAGCUCACGCAACGGGAAGUGAACUUUCUUGUUGAUCACCAGAAGUUAAUUUGGUCAAAAAGGAUCAUUUGCUUUAAUGAGAUUAAAAAAAAAAUCGGGAGCUGGCUGUGUGUCCCAUUUGCUGUGACUGGUGGCUCUCAGUGUGUGCAGACAAUGACUGGACAAAUGGUCACAUAGACCAGAGGAAACCCUAGAAACUAGAGCAUGUUGAGACAAGUGAGCCUGUUAUUUAAAGGUGGCAUGGAUAUGCCGUGCUUAACCAUAAUCCCCUUGCGCUACUGUCGUGGAAAAAAAAAGAGGAUUGGUUCUAUUUAAGUUCAUCUUUUUGCUUUUUUAUUUUCUUUUUUUAGUUCUAAGCUUGGAUGGCGACAGAUGUGCUGGCAGCAUUUACCUUUGCACCAGGUGUGAGGGGUCAAAAAUGUUAAUAAGUUAAAUACGUUUUAAGGCUCAGACUUGUCAAAAACCUAUGGUUAGUGUAAUAAAAUUGAUUCCAUCUUGUUUUAAAAAAACUUUGUUCUCUAGAGCCAGUUUUUCCAUUUCUCUAGUUGAUGUAAUCAGAUUAUAUAUAUACUUUGAUAAAUGAACAAUAAAAUAAUUUAGCGUGUUACAGUAGUCUCAGAAUAGAAACAAUUUGGCAGAUGUAAUGUAUAGCCUGUAUGGGGAGUCAAGUGUUAUCAAUGUAAUUGUGUGUAAUUGAUUUUUUUUUUUUAUUGUGUUACAAUUAAGAUUCUUUUAACUCUUUCAAUUCAUAUGAUGAGAUCUCUCUAAAAAAUAAUAAUGUUGUGAUUCAGAAUUUCCACAAUAUUGUGUUCACCUCAGUUUAAAAUUGAAAUGCUUUUCUUUAUCUUAUUAAUUUACACAUUCAGUUUUGUAGCAUGUUGCACUUGUUAGGCAACAGGAUACUCCUCUAUUUAGAUUGUAAUAAGUAGAUUUAAGCAACUUUACAUCAUACAUUUUCAUUUAGUUUUCUUUGUCCUGUACAGAUUUUAGGCUUAUUUCACAUAACAGAAGCCCAGUUCCACAUCACUGAAACAAUUUUCUGUUGUAUUUUGGGGUUAUAAAUCUAAACUCUAAUUAGUUAUAUGACUCACCACGCAAAAACAAACAAACGAAAAGGAUUCCCGAAAAACUAAAAAUCAGAAGUGAACAUCAGGACCUGCUGUGUGAACGCAGCCAUAGUUCGCUUAUGCCUCUGGCCGACUCAGCCUUUCAACGAAAUGAGAAUCCAAAUGCGGCAUUUGAAAUACCAAUAAUUAACCACAACGUUUCAAUAUUAAUAAAUACAUUAAAAAAAAUCGACAACUGUGGUAAUUAGUUUUAUUUUCAGCCCGCUUCACGCCUACAGUGGACAUUUUCCCGCCGUACCUUUGCGUGCUGGUCUCUGCCACAGUAUUGCUCGCUGGAACAUCCUUUCAUCACAUCCUGGGUUUGCCUUUCGACAGAUCAAUGUCCGUGCGUGGUGAGAGGGGAGGGGUUGGAAAUGACAGAGAUGUUCUCUCUCUGCUCUGCUGCUCUCCAAGCAUCCCAUUCACACUGCGCGCAGCGGCGGCCGGUGUUAUGCCCAAAAAUGCAUGCCUGCCGAGAAUUGCAUCCCCUGUCGCGGGAGCGCGCAUCUUUCUAAACUCUCGCAUUUUAAUGAGGAAACGGACUGAAAUAUGACCGAAGACGAAACUUUUAAAGAUAUUCGUAACAAUAUCACGUUUCUUAAACAUGUCAGCCUUAAAACGAUGGGUUUUAUAUCGCAGAUUAAUUGAAAUAAAUACGGUUUUUACACAUUUAUUGAGACAAAUGAGUCGAACGUUUUUCA